AUGGCGCUAUGGACUGAUCCAUCUCGCCAGUUUCUGAUAUCCGCAAUACGAAGCCGCCCAAUCAUUUGGGACAAAAAUUACGCCACCGACAACAAUUAUCGGAAUGCGAAGAAUGACGCGAUUCAGGAAGUCGUCGAGGAUCUCAAUGCGAUGUACCCAAUGGGCACCAAGUUCAGCAGCGAAGACGUUCGAUCGCAAUGGAAGAAUCUGAAAGACACGUUUGUUCGCAAAUUACGAUGGCUCACCGAGGGCAAAUACUCGGAGGAUCCGACGAAGGAGCCGACGUGGAAAUUCUAUCGAAUGUUGUCGUUUCUCGACGAGAAGGAGACGAAACGCCUUCACAGUGAAGGAAUUGUCGAUCAGAAUGAGUUCGACCUAGUCCAGCUACACAAUGAUAAUCCGCAGUACGAUAAUGGAAGAAUGCAUAUCAAAGGCGACAUUCAGCACCAAAUGCAUUAUGAGCAUAAUUCGCAUAGCGCUCCAUCAAGCGAGGAGCAGAUGUUGCAAAUGUUCUCACAGAGCUACGAAAGCAAGCAGCAGGGUCUGCAAAGCGUUUCACCGCCGUCGCCGUCGCUGCCGAUGCCGCAGGUCGCCGGCGCGCCGUGCAGCACCGAGACGAUAUGCGCGAAGCCGCCGUUCACGCCGCCCAACGGCCACUCGUCGCACACCAACGGCAACGCGCCGCCGGCCGUCGUCGUCGACAACGACGACGAUGAGCCGCGUCGGAAGCGCGUAUGCAAGCCGUUGAUCAAACGCAAUUCGCCGAGCGGCGCCCAUUUCGAGCCGUACAACAUUCGGCGAUCGACGACGACGGCGGCCGCUCAGGACGAGUUUGAUCUAUUCGGCGCGUGUGUCGCCGCCCAACUAAGACGACUUUGCGAAGAAACGAAUCGCGGCGAGGCGCUUCAUCUCCAGAAAAAACUCAACGAUGUGAUCUACGAGAGCCAAAUCAAGUUACUAAACAAUCAAUGA